AUGCUGCCUCCUCUUAAGACGACUCCUGUCUCAGUAACAGCUUCAUAUAACGAUAAUGUGGUCAAGACUAGGCAAAGAUCUGACCCGGUCGAAAACUCCCCUCCUCCACCAGUCGAUGUCCUCACACCGACCACCGCAGUGCCUGGAGCUGAUAACAUACCUCUAACCGCUAAUGCAGCCUCACCUUCCUUUGCACUCACUGCCGAGAACUUGGGAGCCGUCGUCAACUUUGAUAAUCGUAACGAUGAAGCACUGUUAAACACGCUAGUCACCAAUGGAGGCGUCGAAGGCAUCUCUGAAAAGCUGAAUGUAAAUCUAGAAAAGGGUCUCCAGAUCCAGGCUAACGUGCAACAUGUUGGACAUGGCAAAGUAGCUCCAGAAAACAAGGCGGGUACUCUAAUCAACACUACUGUAGUCGAUGCCGAUGAACGGCGCAAGGUCUAUGGUGCAAACGUCAUUCCACCACCACGGUCAGAAACUAUUCUCGAACUCGUAUGGGGUACUAUAGUCGAAGAUCCAAUCAUUAAAAUUUUAAUAUUUGGUGCCAUCGUGGUUAUAUCUCUUGGCUCUGCUAUUGAUCCAACAAAGGGUUGGAUUGAUGGUAUUGCCAUCCUCAUUGCUGUAGUAUUGGUCCUCUCUGUCACUGCUGGUAACGACUACUCCAAGGAUAAAAAAUUCAAGAAAUUACUAUUGAUGCAAUCAGACAAACGAACACGUGUCAUGCGUGCGGGUAUUACAGAUCAAGUCUCUUCAUGGGAUGUGUUGGUUGGCGACUUGGUAGUCCUCGAAACUGGAGAUGAAGUUCCAGCUGAUGGUCUAUUUGUACGAGGAAACCGUCUUGUAUUGGAUGAAUCCCCUCUCACUGGUGAAUCUCUACCCGUUAAAAAGAACCCAUCUUCGCCAUUUAUGUUUUCUGGAUGUCAAGUCGCUGAGGGAUCUGGAAUCAUGCUUGUUACUGCUGUCGGCCCUCGCUCAUCUGGUGGUCAAAUUCAAGAGCUGCUAAACCAGGCUCAGACUGAAGAAACCGUAUUGCAACAAAAAUUAGGAAUAGUAGCCAUGAUGAUUGGAAAAGUCGGUGUCGCUGCUGGUCUGUUUACCUUUGUCGGUCUCGCUAUACAAUGGGGCGUUCAAUUCGCUCAAGGUCAAGCUGAUAACGAAAUCACUCAAUGCAUGGCAGAUAAGAGUGAAGUGCUUUGCCGAGUAAAGGAACUUGCCCAAUUCUUUGUCGUUGGUAUCACUAUUGUUGUGGUUGCUGUACCAGAAGGAUUACCACUCGCCGUCACCAUCUCCUUGGCCUUCUCUAUGUUCAAAAUGAUCAAAGAAAAGUGUUUCGUAAGACAUUUGGAUGCUUCUGAGACUAUGGGAGAAGCCACCUGUAUCUGUACCGACAAGACUGGUACUCUCACUGAAAACCGAAUGGCUGUCGUCAAGGCCUUUGUUGGUGACAAGGCAUACAACGGAGAAGGAUCUGCAGAACCAGAUGCUAGUCCUUAUAGUAUGCUUACAUUCGAUGGCCGUAUUCGUGAGCUUCUCGCUGAAGGCAUCGCUGUGAACUCCACUUGUCUAAUUCGUCAACGAGAAAAUGGUGGUCAGCCUGCUUUUAUUGGAUCUGCCACUGAAGGUGCUUUAUUGGUCUUCUCUAGUCGUCUUGGAGCUGACUACGAACGUACAAGAGCCACAGUGGAACAGGUCGAAAAUGGUCUAUGGACUUUCUCAUCUUCACGUAAACGCAUGUCUUCUCUGGUUGUCCCUCGAGUACUGACUCCUGGAAACGUCAAACCAUCCAAAUACAGACUGUAUACCAAAGGUGCCUCCGAAAUCGUAUUGAAUCUCUGUAAAUCUUAUGUCGACAAGUCUGGAUCUGGCACGCAUCCUCUAACUGCCGACACUCUCGCUGUAUACCAACGUGUUAUUCGUACUUGGGCUUCCGAAGGUUUACGAACUCUGGCUUUAGCUUACCGUGACUCCGAUGUAUCUCUUGCUUCCGAGUCAGAAAACGACGAAGACGAUCUGGACCGCACUCCAGAACAUGAUCUCGUACUUCUUUGUAUUGUUGGAAUCAAGGAUCCAGUUAGACGUGAAGUACCUGGUGCUGUAGCUCAGUGCCAACGAGCUGGUUUGACUGUGCGAAUGGUCACUGGUGACAACGUCCUUACGGCUUGCAAGAUUGCCAGAGAAUGCGGAAUCUUCACUGACGACGGCAUCGCUUUGGAAGGACCCGAGUUCCGAGCCAUGUCUUUGCAUGAGAAACUCGAAGUCAUUCCGAGACUUCAAGUACUUGCUCGCUCUAGCCCAGCCGAUAAACACACAUUAGUAACCCUUCUCAAGGAAAUGGGUGAAGUCGUUGCAGUCACUGGCGAUGGUACAAACGAUGCUCCAGCUCUUAAGGAAGCCGACGUCGGUUUUGCUAUGGGUAUUUGUGGUACUCAAAUUGCUAUGAACGCUUCCGAUAUUGUACUUCUCGACGAUAACUUUGUGUCUUUGGUGUCUGCCAUCAAGUGGGGUCGUAAUGUGUUGAACUGUGUGCGUAAAUUCUUGCAAUUCCAGCUGGGUGUCAACUUGGUCGCAGUUGUCUUGACUUUUGUUGGAUCUAUGACUGUCGGAACUCCUCCACUCAACACUGUACAACUCUUAUGGGUCAAUUUGAUCAUGGAUACUCUUGGAGCCUUAGCUUUGGCAUCUGACGAUCCAGACGAUGAUAUUUUGCUCAAACCACCUCACGCUCGUAACGAAUCUCUAAUCAGUCGUCCCAUGCGAGAGUAUAUAAUCAUUCAACUUUUCUUCCAACUCAUGGUCUUAUUGGCAUUGCUUCUUCGAGGAGACGACUGGGUACCUUACGAUCACUCCUUCCAUGUACCAGACGACUUGGCAGCCUCUGGUCCAUCAAUCCGUACCCUUACCAUGGUCUUUGCCGUAUUCGUAUUCAUGCAAGUCUCCAAUGAAAUCAUGGCUCGACAGCUAAAUGGCGAAUUAAACAUCUUCAAGAACUUUUUCAAGAAUCAACUCUUUUUAGCCAUCAUGGUCAUCAUUGUCGUCAUCCAGGUGCUCGUUAUUGAAUUUGGUGGUGACUUUGUAGGAACAACCAAGCUGGAUUGGAUUGAAUGGCUGAUUUCUAUCCUAUUGGCUGCACUCAAUCUUCCAUUCACUGUAAUUGCACGUGCUAGUAUUAAACACGCUCAAGGACGACUCUUCAAGGCACACAAGCAUGCUCACACCUCACACUCCAUGGAAAAAGGAGAUACCGUUGCACCAUUAACCGAAAUAAAGAGCUCUCGUGCUAGUCUCCAUAUACAUCAAAUGGAACGUCGAGCAUCCGUUCCAAGUGCCUUUCCAGAAAGACGUCGGUCGUCAGUCACUGUAAGAAACGUUUAUCAUGGCGCUAGCAGCCGCCCACGUCCCGAUGGCAUCACCUCUUCUACCACCUUCCACACACAGCAAGGACAAGACAUUCAUAAUGCCGUAGUAAUUGCUAAUGUGUCCAAGAAUCUGAACAAGUCAAUGGUAUCUCUCAAGGAAGGAUCGUCUGCUGGUGGAAGAGCUGGAUCUUCUAUGUUGUAUGCAAGCAACACCCGUAUGGAUUCCGGAGCACGAUACAGUAGCAAUACUCACUUGGGCGCUGAUGGGAGACUAAGCAUCAGCCAACUUGGUGAUAGGACCGUCGUAAACCCUAGCUAUUCAAGCAACAGCGGCCUCAAGGCCAGUAGCCACCAGCUGAACGAUGUUGCCAAUAAAUUAGAACAAGGUGGUAAACACUUCAGCCAAAACAAGCUAAACCAAAGUAUGGUUCAAGUCAACAAGAGCUCAAACCUCCUCCACCAGAGUACCACCAUCACUCAAAGCAAACACAGUGUCUAUGGUGGUAGUAGUCAGCAUCUAGCUAGCAGUGUCCACCUAAACAAAGCCAGCAUUCACAACAUCGCUCAACCGUCUGCCAUGAAGAGACAAUCACGAUGGGCUACGCUCCGAGCCAGUGUUGCUCUAAUUGGAGGAUUGUCUGAAGUUCGUCAAGCCAACUAUGUGAGUGGACAAGGCCCUGAUCAAGAAUUCGUACAAGGAUGGAGAAGAUACAGUCACAUUCCAAACCCCAUCCGUAAUGAAGAAGCCCCUGUUGAACCUCAUGGUCAUCAUGUCAGAACAGAACCCACCUAUGAAGACACACAAGAUUUAAUUGUCGAGAGUGAGGUCGAGGACCGUUAUGGUGAAGAAUCUGUUUAG